AAUACUCUCAGGCAGAUGGUGCCCAAGAAAUCUCAGAAAAUUCAAAGUCAAAUGAGAGCACAUUUGGGUCAACACAAUCUCAGCCAACAGUUCCAGAGCUGCAGUGAAAUCUAGUCCAGUCACAUAUUCUAAUUCUAUAAAUAUUGGGGGCACAUUGUUUCUGUCACCUCACCCGUGGGUGAAGUUAUAAUUCUCCUGCCCGGACUGCCCAAUCUGCCCGCCUGCCCGACCCUGCAGCUUGCUCUCUACCAAGUACCAAAUCGAAAGGCGGCUCAAAAUCUGGACUUGUCGUUGGAUCUGAGUUUCAAUUAGAUCGAUCGCUCGGUGUAUAGAAUCAUCAAAUUGUUAGAAAUCGAUUUGAAAUUUAGAAUUUCGUUGUAUUUAUACUCGUCUGGGGGGAAUUAGGGUUUCGUUUUAGCGGAGAUGGUCGAUCCAGGGUUUCGCAGAGGGCGAAUUGGUGAAGAAGCGUGAAAAAGGAGGGGUUUUGAAGGGAAUUAAGGGGUGAUAUUGAUGGUACUUGUUGGAAUUGAAGGUGGGAUCGAGACUGGGAGUGGGGAAAAUGCAAGGCUAUGCAUGGGAGGGGAGGUGAGGAGAGGAAACGGGGUCGGCACAUGUUGACAGUCCCCACGCGUGUAUCCGUCGCCGAUGGUUCUUCCUCAUCAUCUUCGUCUUCGCCCAAUUCGUUUUUCAAGGACGGACGCAAGAUCAGUGUUGGUGAUUGUGCACUUUUCAAACCCCCCCAGGAUUCCCCACCUUUCAUUGGAAUAAUUCGUUGGGUGACUCUAAGCAGAGAGAACAAGUUAAAAUUGGGUGUAAAUUGGCUUUAUCGACCUUCUGAAAUAAAGCUUGGCAAAGGCGUCCUGUUGGAUGCUGCGCUGAAUGAAAUUUUUUAUUCCUUCCAUAAGGAUGAGAUUCCUGCCGCAUCGUUACUUCAUCCGUGUAAAGUUGCAUUCCUUGCUAAAGGUGUUGAACUUCCGACAGGGAUUUCAUCUUUUGUGUGCCGGCGUGUUUACGACAUCACAAAUAAGUGUUUAUGGUGGCUAACUGAUCAGGACUAUAUGAAUGAACGACAAGAGGAAGUAGAUCAAUUGUUGUACAAAACGCGAGUAGAGAUGCAUGCAACUGUGCAGUCUGGUGGUCGAUCUCCCAAACCAAUGAAUGGUCCAACAUCAGCAUCACAGUUAAAAGUCGGGUCAGAUGGUGUCCAGAAUAGUGCCUCAUCCUUUUCUUCUCAAGUUAAAGGGAAAAAAAGGGAGCGGGGGGACCAGGGCUCUGAGCCUGUCAAACGAGAACGUACUACGAAAAUGGAGGAUGGAGAUUCCGUUCACAGUAGACAGGAAAGCAUUUUAAAAUCUGAAAUUGCUAAAAUAACAGAUAAAGGAGGGCUUGUAGAUUCUGAAGGGGUUGAGAAAUUGUUGCAGCUCAUGUUGCCUGAUAGAAAUGAGAAAAAAAUAGACUUGGCCGGCCGGUCAAUGCUUGCUAGUGUUGUAGCAGCCACAGAUAAAUUUGAUUGCCUGAGUCAAUUUGUGCAGCUCAAGGGUGUGCCAGUAUAUGAUGAAUGGCUCCAAGAGGUCCAUAAAGGGAAGAUAGGUGAUGGCAGCGGAGCCAAAGAUAGCGACAAAUCUGUUGAAGAGUUUCUCUUGGUUUUACUUCGGGCACUGGAUAAGCUGCCUGUUAAUCUCAAUGCUCUGCAAAUGUGUAACCUUGGAAAGUCUGUAAAUCACUUACGGACGCAUAAGAACUUGGAAAUUCAGAAGAAAGCAAGAAGCUUAGUUGAUACAUGGAAGAAACGCGUUCAAGCUGAAAUGGAUGCAAAUUCUAAUGUAAAUCCGGCUGUCUCCUGGUCUGCAAGACCACGCCUCUCUGAAGCUUCUAAUGGUGGAAACAGGCAUUCAGGCGGAUCCACUGAUGUUGCUGUGAAGAGCUCAGUCACACAGCUUUCUGUAUCCAAAUCUGCUUCAGUUAAGCUUGUCCAAGGAGAUAGUGUUACCAAAUCUGCUUCUGCAUCUCCGGGAUCUAAAUCGGUUCCAUCACCAGUGUCAGCAAGUUCUAACCUAAAAGAUGGACAGUCCCGAAUUGUUGCUGUUGGUGUCACAGUUGAUCUUCCAUUGACCACUCCAAGGGAUGAGAAAAGUAGCAGUUCUAGUCAAUCUCACAACAACAGUCAAUCGUGUUCGAAUGAUCAUGCUAGAACAGGAGGUGUGUCUGGGAAAGAGGAUGCGAGGAGCUCUACUGCUGGUUCAAUGAAUGUGAAUAAGAUAUCAGGUGGCUCUUCACGCCCUCGGAAAUCAAUAAAUGGCUUCCCAGGCUCUGCCCUUUCUGGAGUUCAAAGAGAAACUGUGUCAAGCAGAAGUUCAUCCUUGCACAAGAGUCCAGCUCCAGAAAAAUCAUCCCAACCUGGAUUGGCAAGUGAAAAGGUACUUGAUGGGUCUGCUGCUGAGGGGAAUAGUCACAAAUUGAUUGUAAAGAUUCCAAACCGUGGGCGCAGUCCUGCACAAAGUGGCAGUGGAGGUUCAUUUGAAGAUCCUUCAAAUAUGAAUAGCAGAGCUUCAUCUCCCAUGCAAUUGGAGAAGCAUGAUCAGUUAGAUCGUAGCGUAAAGGAAAAGGCUGAUGUUUAUCGAGCUACUGUUACUUCGGAUGUGAACAAUGAGUCAUGGCAAAGUAAUGAUUUUAAAGAUGUACUGACUGGAUCCGAUGAGGGCGAUGGGUCCCCCGCUGCUGUUACUGCUGAAGAGGACUGUAGGGCUGGUGACAACUCUAAGAAAAUUGCAGAAGUCCCGAAAGCUGCUUCCUCAUCAUCUGGGAACGAAAAAUCGGAUAACUUGCAGGAAGCUUCCUUCAGCUCUAUGCAUGCAUUGAUUGAAAGCUGUGUGAAGUAUUCUGAAGGUAAUGCCUUAGUUGGAGAUGAUCUUGGUAUGAAUCUGCUUGCUAGCGUGGCUGCUGGAGAGAUGUCUAAAUCUGAGUCCCCAACUGAUUCUCCACAAAGGAGCACCCCGGUAUCUGAGCAUCUCUGCGAAGGCAAUGAUUCCAGAGUCAAAUCACCUCCUGUUGAGGAGCUUGCUCGAGACGAAAGUCAGUCUAAUGAUGGUGCUGAUGACGAAUAUCAAAAGCAUGGUUUUGAAUCCACUACUUCUGGGGCUAAGAAUGGGGUUGUUAAAUCUUCUUCUGUGUGUGAACAGAAUUCUGUAGCAGAGGACACUAGAAAUCUUUACUAUUCCAGUGUAAGUAUCCAGCAUUCUGCAGGUCUCUCCCCAGAAAACAAAGAAAAAUCAAGUGAAGUUAGCUUAGCUCCGUCUGGGACUGCUUCCCCUCCUAGUACGGUUGAGAAAAUUAUGGAGGGUGAUGGUAAACCACUUCAAGACAAAAAGAUAAUUGGUGGAGUGAGUGCUGAUGGCAUUCCAGAUAUUAAACGCGGUGUAAGUGGUCUUUUGUCAAAUGGAAAUAAGGUUAGUGAUGUUAGUUCAAGGGUAGCAGUGGGGAAAGAAGCCAUUGAAGAAUCAUCCUUACACGCAGAGUUAGAUGUUGAUGGUAAGAUAACAAAUUUACGUUAUGAAGGAAUGGACAGCAGUGUACAGGCGGAGGAGAAACCAUCUACUUUAAAGAGACAUUCUGAGUUGGUAAAAGGAACCUGUGAAGAUGUGCUGCUUUCUUCUGGUUUUAGAAAAGAUUUGAUCUCAGGAAAAGCCAGUGAACUGAAGGCUGAAAAAGCUGAUGAAACAGAUGACUGUGGUCAUCAUAAUCAGGCUGAAAAUCAAAGAACUGAUCCAGAAAGUAAUGACCCCAGCCCUUCAAAAAAAGAAAGUAAUGAUCUUUCAAUUCCUGAGAAUCAAGCUGUAGGUGGCUCUAGUUCUGCUGUUACUGAUCACGACGAUGAGCAUGUGGAGGAGAAUUUGGAAGGUAAAGAAGCUAAUGAUCAACUUGGUGAACCUGUUCUUUCAAAGGUGUCAUCUGAUCUUCCAAUGCAAGAAGUAGAAGAACAUUUGAGGUCCAGGAGGUCUAAGUUGACCAGCAUGGAAGCAGAAGAAGCUGACGAAUGUACAUCUACAACUGCAGAUGCUUCUUCUGUGUCUGCUGCAGGGCUAGCAGAGGCAGAUGCAAAAGUGGAGUUUGAUUUGAAUGAAGGAUUUAAUGCCGAUGAUGGGAAAUAUGGAGAGCCAAGUAACUUGACAGCACCUGGAUGUUCAACUGCUCUUCAGUUGAUUAGCCCGUUACCUUUUGCUGUUUCUUCCAUGUCUAGUGGCCUUCCCGCUUCAGUUACGGUGCCUGCUGCAGCAAAAGGCCCCUGUAUCCCACCAGAGGACCUGUUGAAGAGUAAAGGGGAGGUUGGUUGGAAGGGAUCAGCAGCAACGAGUGCAUUCCGGCCAGCUGAACCCAGAAAAGCUCUAGAGAUGUUGCUGGGUACUAGUAUUUCAGUUCUUGAGCCUACAGCUGGCAAGCAAGGGCGCCCUGCUUUGGACAUUGACUUGAAUGUACCUGAUGAAAGAAUUCUUGAGGAUAUGGCUCCUCAAGGUCCUGCUCAAGAGAUAUGUUCGCGGUCUGACCCAACAAAUAAUAAUGAUUUGGCGCGUGAUCAAUCAAUGAGUAUUGCACCUGUUCGCUGCUCAGGGGGCCUUGAUCUUGAUUUGAACCAAAUUGAUGAGGCUUCUGAAAUGGGUAAUUACCGAAUGGAUAACCCGCUCCUGUCAGUAAAAUCAACUGGACCUCUCAAUGGAGAAGUUAGUCUUCGUAGGGAUUUUGAUUUGAAUGACGGACCUGUUGUCGAGGAGUUGAGUGCUGAACCAGCAAUGUUUAGCCAGCAUACCAGGAGCAGUGUGCCAUCUCAACCACCUCUUUCUGGUUUUAGGAUGAACAAUACAGAAGUGGGGAACUUCGCCUGGUUUCCUCCAGCCAAUACGUAUUCUGCGGUCGCAAUUCCUUCAAUUAUGUCAGAUCGUGGAGACCAGCCAUUCCCAAUUGUUGCAACUGGUGGACCACAAAGGAUGUUGGGUCCCACUAGUGGUAGCAACCCGUUUAAUUCUGAUCUCUACAGGGGUUCAGUGUUGUCAUCUUCUCCAGCAGUACCCUAUCCUUCUACUUCAUUUCCAUAUCCAGUCUUUCCUUUUGGGAGCAGUUUUCCUCUGCCCUCAGCUGCAUUUGCAGGCGGGUUCGCUCCUUAUCGCUCCCAAUUGUUAGGACCUGCUGCUAUGAUUUCUUCCAAUUACCCAAGGCCCUAUGUUGUUAAUCUUCCUGAUGGUAGUAAUAACAGUAGUGGUGAGAGCACUAGGAAAUGGGGAAGGCAGGGGCUAGAUCUCAAUGCAGGGCCUGGAGGCCCAGACUUAGAGGGGAGAGAUGUGACUUCACCCCUUGCCCCACGGCAACUAUCUGUUGCUGGUUCACAAGCCCUAGCUGAGGAGCAUGUAAGGAUGUUCGGUGGCCCCUUUAAGCGGAAGGAACCUGAAGGAGGGUGGGAUGGCUACAAACAAUCCUCGUGGAAAUAGGCAUGUGUAAUGGCAAAAUCGGGUGACUCAUGAAACCUUUGCUUUGAGGAUGGGCAUUUGCUAACCCCUGAGGUCAUUGUCUAGCCUGUGCGCUUCUGGAGGAUGGGUGGUAAGUGAGUUAUUUGAUCCUGUUCAUGGUCUCCGACCCCCUCCUCUUUGAUGUAUCAGUUGUAAUCUUAAAAGAAUCUGUCAUCUGUGGGUUCUUCAAGCUGUUUGCCCCUUAAAUUUGUUAUGGGCGGAUGCUGAUCCGCUCUGUAGAUAUUCUAACAGUUAGAAAACAUACUGUGUUGCCCAUACGCAAGCUCUGGUGCCCCUUCUGGUCUUCAAUGCAUUAGAUGUGUACCAUAUUACCAUUUUGCCAACCUUUCCAAGUAUCCAUAUUGGUCUUCUCAGAACAGAAGCUUCUGUGUGUGGUUUGUUGCCUGAGCUUUUCUUUUUCAUGGGAUGGUUUUGUUCUGAGGUUUUAUGUUGUAUUCUAAUUUUUGUUAUAUUUCAAUCGUCCACCAAACUCGUAGCUCUUUUACA